CUACACAGUGUACAGUACAUCUGGAUUAAGUUCCACACAAAGGAACUCAACGCACUGAAAAGUUGGUCAGCUGUCAGGACAAGAUAAAGAAUUACCAAUUAAGAGGCACAAGAAGUUUCAGAAAGACACUCGGUACUAUAACCUGGGCUGUGCCACUAGCUAGCUAAGGAUGAAAUUUGUACAAGCAAUUCAUCUCUGUGCGUUUUUGUUCACGUUUUUUGAUCGGUUUGAACAGAACACAGCUGCACCUUCACCCAUCAUUAAGUUUCCAGGAGACACGUCGCCAAAAACAGACAAAGAGAUGGUUACCCAAUACCUGUUAAAGUACUAUGGUUGCCCUAAAGAUGGUUGUAUUAUGGUACUGAAAGACACAUUGAAGAAAAUGCAGAAAUUUUUCCAUAUUACUGAGACAGGAGAGAUAGAUCAAAAGACUAUUGAGACGAUGAAAAAGCCAAGAUGCGGUAACCCAGAUGUGUCCAACUACCAGUUUUUCCCAAGGAAACCCAAAUGGGAAAAGAACCAUAUCACAUACAGGAUUCUUGGGUACACUACUGAUCUCGAUUCUGAAACUGUGGAUGAUGCAUUUGCUCGGGCAUUUCAAGUCUGGAGUGAUGUAACACCUCUAAAGUUCACUCGAUUAAUGGAUGGAGAGGCUGAUAUUAUGAUUAACUUUGGCCGCUGGGAGCAUGGAGAUGGAUAUCCAUUUGAUGGCAAAGAUGGGCUUUUGGCUCAUGCUUUUGCACCAGGAUCAGGAAUUGGUGGAGACUCCCACUUUGAUGAUGAUGAGCUUUGGACCUUAGGAGAAGGUCAAGUUGUGAAGGUCAAAUAUGGAAAUGCAGAUGGAGAAUUUUGCAAUUUUCCUUUCAAAUUCAAUGGUAAAGAAUACAACAGUUGCACGGAUGUUGGCCGCAGUGAUGGAUUUAUCUGGUGUUCCACUACAUUUGACUUUGAUAAAGAUCAAAAAUAUGGAUUCUGCCCUCACGAAUUGCUCUUCACAAUAGGUGGAAAUGCAGAUGGAAAACCUUGCAAGUUCCCGUUUAAGUUUCAAGGGAGCACUUAUGACAGCUGUACAACCGAGGGAAGAAGUGAUGGUUAUAGGUGGUGUGCAACUACAGAAGACUAUGACAAGGAUACAAAUUAUGGAUUCUGCCCAGAAACAACACUCUCCACAGUGGGCGGAAAUUCAGAUGGCUCUCCUUGUGUUUUCCCUUUUACUUUUCUUGGCAAUAAUUAUAACUCAUGCACCAGCACUGGAAGAAGUGAUGGCAAACUAUGGUGUGCAACAUCCAGCAACUACGAUAAUGACCGCAAAUGGGGUUUCUGCCCAGAUCAAGGUUACAGUCUGUUUCUUGUGGCUGCUCAUGAGUUUGGACAUGCUCUUGGACUGGAACAUUCUGAUGACCCAGGUGCUUUGAUGGCCCCAAUUUAUACCUACACUAAGAAAUUCCGUCUCUCACAAGAUGAUAUAAGUGGAAUCCAAGAACUUUAUGAAAUCAGCACUGAGCUGGGAGAAGGAAAAGAACCCAGGCCAGGACCUGAUCCCUAUCCCACAGAAGGUCCUGUAACCCCAGAGCUGUGCACCAGUGAUAUUGUGUUUGAUGGCAUUUCACAAAUCAGAGGAGAAUUAUUCUUCUUUAAAGACCGGUUCAUAUGGCGGUCUGUGAACCGCAGAGAGAAGCCAUCGGGUCCUCUCCUUGUUGCUACAUUCUGGCCUGAGCUACCUGAUAAAAUAGAUGCUGUGUAUGAAGACCCUGAAGAGGAGAAGACUGUUUUCUUUGCAGGUGAUGAAUAUUGGAUUUACUCCUCAAGCGCUGUAGAAAGAGGAUACCCAAAGAAGUUGACAAACCUUGGAUUGCCGUCAGAUCUUAAACGUGUGGAUGGUGCAUUUAACUGGGGCAGAAACAAGAAAACAUACAUUUUUGCCGGUGACAAGUUUUGGAGAUAUAAUGAAGCAAAAAAGAAAAUGGACCCUGGCUUUCCAAAACUAAUUGCAGAUGCAUGGAAUGGCGUACAUGAUAAUUUAGAUGCUGUGGCAGAUGUCCGAGGAAGUGGCUACAGUUAUUUCUUUAAAGAUCAAUACUAUCAUGAAAUGGAAGAUAGAAUACUAAAGAUUGUUAAAGUUGGCAAUAUUAAAAGUGAUUGGCUGGGUUGCUGAAGGGUACAUUUUGACAUUUUUCAAAUAUUAAUUUUUGUAUGUAUUCCCGUCUACAUGUGUGAUUUUUAUUUUUAUUUUUUGCUGGUUAAAGGAAAUGUUGUGAAGGACCAGUCUGGCACUGGUAUAAUGACAGUGUGUGUAAACGCACCUCAUUUUUGUGUUAGAAAUAUUUAAUGUGUUGUGUGCAUUGGGAAUGCUUUAAUAACUUCAACAGAUAUAGACAGGCAUGGCACUGAGUGUUUUAAUACAGUUAUGUGAAAUAUUAUUUGGGCUAGAUAUGCAGUUUUCCACAGGAUGAUUAUUUAAUUUCUGUUUCAGAAUGGAACAGCAUUUUUGAAAUGUGCUGUUUUCAAUGUGCCAUUUACAUGAUAGUAAAUAACCAUGAUAGAAUACAAACAGGAAGGCAUAUGCUGCUGGUAUAAAGUAUAUUUUAGUGAUCUGUCUAUACUGACUAUUGUAACAAACAAUCUAUGUAUUCAAGACAUAAACAUGACGGAUAUGCUUUAAAUGUCAAGAGAAAAUGUAAGCACAGUUAUCAGAAUC